AUGUUCAACUUGUGGAGAUGUGGACGAAGCUCCUUGGUAUCACUAUCAAGACUUGGCCAAGCUUCAGUAUUAUCUUGCAACAAAGUUUGUUUCUCAAACAAAUUUCUGUAUUCCUCUGUUUAUCGAUCAGCUGCUGCUUUUCACACAACUUCCAUCAGGCUCUCUAAUGAGCAGGAAAAGGGAAAGUCGAAAUGGCCGUUCCAUAUGACUAUGACAGAAGAGCAAAAAGAGGAGAAGAAACAAAAGAUCAAAGAAAUGAGCGAGGAGGAACAUCCCAAAACAAUGUUCGGUAAAAUAAAGUACUAUCUAAAACGUUAUUGGUAUAUCGCAGUCCCUGCUCAUAUGGUAUCGAGCACUCUUUGGUUUGGAGGCAUGUACGCGAUAGCGCAUUUCGGUGUCGAUGUCAUAGCACUUUUGCGGUUUCUACACAUGCCAACUGUGGUCAUCGAAAAAAUCGAGAACGUACCACCUAGCGCUGGUGCCUUGGUCGUAGCUCUACUUCUUUACAAGGUGGCUACUCCACUGAGGUACACAACGACACUAGUGUUGAUCCAAGCAGCCUUUUGGACUCUUCGAAGGAUGGGUAAACUACGUACUGCUCGCGAAGUCGAAUUCAAGAUGCGCACUGAGUACGAGAAGAACAAACUCAAAUACGGAAGAAAGCUGUAUCGGUACCGCCACCUAGGCGUUCGCGAUGUGUCGCGGAAAAGUUCUCAAGAACUUUUUGGUACAGGUAUACCUGGUCUCACCGUGACGUUUUUGCUUACUUUGUUGAUGGUUCGUAUACAAUACACCAGCAUACAAGAACUAUUCGAAACCACGGGAAAACCGUCAGUUCGGUCUGAACGGUGCACGAGCCAUACUACGCUGUUGAUGCUGACAGCACUCAAGUCAGCAUUUCGAAGAGCCAUGACGACAUCAUCUACUUGUAGGCGAUCGAUGAUAGCUGUGUGUCAGCUAACAAGUGAUCACGAUAUAGACAAAAAUUUUGAAAUCUGCAAAGAUAUGGUGAGAAGAGCAACCGAUCAGAAAUGUAAGAUGAUAUUCUUUCCGGAAUGUUUCGAUUUUGUUGGGAGGACCAAGGAGGAGAACAUCUCAUUAGCCACAGAGGAAAACGGAGCCGUGAUGGAGCGGUUCAGGUCUUUAGCAAGAGAAAGUGGAUUGUGGAUUUCACUAGGAGGUCUUCACAACAAGGAUCUUUCUGAACCACAGCGCCCGUGGAAUUCCCAUGUUGUUAUCGAUGACGAAGGGAAAACAAGAGCUCUCUACAACAAAUUACAUCUUUUCGAUCUAGAAAUCCCUGGAAAAGUUAGACUAAUGGAAAGCGAAUUCAGUAAAAGUGGAACUCAGAUGGUUCAACCAAUUGAUACCCCUAUUGGACGACUUGGGCUCUCAAUCUGUUAUGACCUACGAUUUGCAGAGUUGUCACUCUGGAAUCGGCAAAAAGGAGCCGAGAUUCUCUCAUUCCCCUCCGCGUUCACCGUAAAUACUGGACUUGCACAUUGGGAGCCGUUACUUCGUGCUCGAGCCAUUGAAACUCAAUGUUACGUGGUUGCUGCCGCUCAAACGGGGAAACACAACGAGAAACGCUCCUCCUAUGGACAUUCCAUGGUUAUUGAUCCUUGGGGAGCUAUUGUUGCUCAAUGUUCUGAACGUGUAGAUAUGUGUUUUGCUGAGAUAGACACUUCAUAUGUUUCUGAAUUACGUAGCAUGCAGCCUGUUUUCGCUCAUCGACGAUCCGAUCUUUACACAUUGCAUGUUAACGAAAUUGAUAACGACAAUUCUCCAAUGAAGUUUUCCGAAUUCCCUAUCGAUGCCGAAUCGAUCUUCUACAGAUCUGGUCUUUCCUUUGCAUUCGUCAAUCUAAAGCCGGUUCUAAAUGGACAUGUGUUAAUAUGUCCAAAACGGGUGUGCAACCAUCUUACGGAAUUGACGGAUGCUGAAACAGCGGAUUUGUUUAUAGUAGCGAAAAAAGUGCAACGAAUGAUAGAGAAGGUUCACGGCGUAUCUUCAUCGACUGUAUGCAUACAAGACGGAGUGGAUGCGGGACAAACUGUAAAGCACGUUCAUGUUCAUGUGCUUGCUCGUCGUAAGGAUGACUUCGGAUGCUCUCCAGACAAUUUGUACCGCGACUUGGCAACGCACGAUAAGGAUCCGAAAAUUCAACCACGUUCACAAGAGGAAAUGAGCAGUGAAGCGGCAAUUUAUCGAGAAGCGAUGAGAAACAUGUGA